UUCUAGCUUUGUGCCAUGCAGUAUCCCAUAAACCUCUACGCUCCCACGAAAGAAGAACUGGUCAGCGGUUUAAACACCGCCAUAUUUUCAGCUUUCAAAAUGCUUUUCUACUCAUUUUUCAAGUCUUUGGUUGGAAAAGAGGUUAUUGUAGAGCUGAAGAACGACCUCAGUGUGCAUGGGACAUUGGACUCCGUUGAUCAAUUUCUGAACAUCAAGUUAACAGAUAUAAGCCUCACAGAUCCAGACAAGUAUCCUCAUAUGUUAUCUGUGAAGAAUUGCUUCAUCAGAGGAUCAGUAGUACGAUAUGUUCAACUGCCAGCAGAAGAAGUAGAUACGUCACUGCUACAAGACGCAACAAGGAAAGAAGCAGCCCAAAGUAAAGCAUGAAAACAAGCCUGACUGGACAAACUGACAAGGAAAAUGCCAAGACCUCAACUGGAGGAAAAAAAACAGUUGAAAAACUAUUUAACAGAAUUUCUGCUAAGUGAUUUCUUAGAUUUUGAAUCUUUUUGAAAAUCCAAGUCUGAAAACUUUGUAUGCAUGUUGUAUGCAGGGUAAAUUCUUAAACUCUUCAAACAAAAAAUAAGAUUGCGUGAAACUGACAUUCGAUUCCUACACCUUUUAGUAACAAGCACUUCCAUGUAAACCCCGUAUGGUGUCUAACGUUGCCGUCAUUUAUCUUGGUGGGCGUCCCAGGAACAAAGUUUGCUCAAUCUAAAGGGCAUUGUAAUUAAAAUUGACGGCAGCGUGGUUUAAGUUUUAAACUUCAGCGUUUGCAUGUUGUUGCAUGAAAUGUGCAGUGAGAAGUCUUAACUUUUUUUAUAAUAUCCAUCGGGAACAACUGAUUAGAGGAAUUACUUUUAUUGUUUUAGUGCAUUUAAUUUAUUUAAUUGACAAUGCGCCUAAAGCAGAUUAUUAUAUCAUCGUGAAACAGACUGGUAGGCCGCUUGGCCACAGUAGCUGAAUUGUCUCGCCAGGCACACUGUCACUUGUGUAGAUAUACCAUUUUUGUUUUUUCACUGUAUACAUGUAUGGCCUUGCUCUAGCUACAUACCUCUUUUUGUAUCAUUCUUUCCGGAGGGGUUCCCUUAUGUAAAGGUCGGGGCUGCUCGUUGGAAAAUUUGAAUUAAACCCCUAAAGGAGACCAAUCCGGGCGUAGCUUGAGCUUUAUUUGACGCCUAAAAGAUAUCACUUAAAACAGAAUAGGAUCGAUUAUCAGCCGUUGUUCGGGAAGGGAGCCCGCGCUAGUAAAGCGGCCUCUAGAGAGCAGCGGAAAUUGAGCGUAAAAACGGAAAUGAGUGUUAUUUUUUUGUUAUUUGCACGAGUGCAUCCUAAAGGAUACUUUGAAAGUGAAAAAUUUUGGCGUUUCGUCCUGAACACCCAAAGUGAGACCAUAAAGCUUGAUUUAAACCCCUAAGCGAGCAUCCCCAACCUUUUCAUAUGCGAGUCCUCCCCUGGCAUUCGUUAUGUGUAAGGAGAAUUUUGUUUUCUCUAGAUUCCAAGUUAUAGAUUUAUUGACUGAGAUGAAGAUCAGUAUCAUAUUAUGGAAAUGGCAAACCAAAGCAAGAAGCUUCAAGAUGAUUACUGGUAUAUUGAGUUUGUUUCAUCUGAGUCACUUGGGCUUUAAUGAAAGUAGAUCAAUAGUAAUGUUAAAGGAAAACCCGAAUUUUUUUUAAAGCAAAAAUUCAGAACUUUUGUAAAUUAGUGGUUUACCUUUGCGUCAGGUUUUCUGUGUAGUGUUUCGACAACUUCAGCAAAAGGUAAACGAUGACUCGCAAGGUAUUGCCUAAACGUCAGUUACUGAAAAAUCUUCACUCGGACGGUUACAAAAGACCAAGUACCGACUGAAUCUCUUGUAUGAUAAUAUUAUGCAAUGUAGUAUCCAAAACAGAAAACUUACGCUGCUUCUUGUAUAGGACCUCUUUCAAUAAAAAAAGAAAUUGUCAGCACAACUGUCUGCCUAAUAUUUGGUGCUUGCCGUUUGAGUAAUAAAAGUGUCAAGUUAA